CCCCGCCCGCCGAUAUCCCUGCCGGAGGUCGCGCCACUUCCUUUCCGUCCUCGCGCUCGUCUUGGAGGCACCAGGCGCGGCUCCAACAUGCAGAACGACGCAGGCGAGUUCGUGGACCUCUACGUGCCGCGGAAGUGCUCCGCCAGCAAUCGCAUCAUUGGUGCCAAGGACCACGCGUCUAUCCAGAUGAAUGUGGCUGAGGUCGAUAAGGUCACAGGCAGGUUUAACGGCCAGUUUAAGACAUACGCUAUCUGUGGGGCCAUUCGCAGGAUGGGUGAAUCAGAUGACUCCAUUCUCCGAUUGGCCAAGGCUGAUGGCAUUGUCUCAAAGAACUUCUGACCGGAGGAAAUUGUGGGUGUGGAAUAUUUGUCAUAAAUAAAGAGGGAGAAGCCACAUUCUGUGUGUGUGGA